AUUUUAUCCACUAUCGUUGUUCAAAUUACUGCCAUUGUACAAGUACAAAGUGCAUCUGAAAUACAACUGUACUUUGUGCUUGACAUUAAAAUGUGGUUUCUUAUCUCUAUUCAAGACACACGGAGAUGAACUCUUAAAGCCACCUGUGGAUUUCACUGUGAUGCGUAUCGUACUGGUUCUUUGAGAUUGUUAAAAAAAAAAGCUAACUUUGCUGCAACCAUUUAUUAUACAUUGAUUGCUCUGAGGCAAACACUUUUCCAGGUUUGUUCAUGCGAAAUGCAUUUGAUUAUUAUUUAGUAUAUUUUAGGACUACCGUAUAGAUUUUAAAUGUGCAGUGCAGAGACCUUACAAUUAAUGCUAAUAGUUUACAUUUGGAAAAAUGUAUAGUUAACGGGAAAAUGUUUGGUUUACAAACCGUUUUGGUAAAAAAAAAAAAAUAUUUAUUUAAUUAGGACACACACAAAAAAUGCUGUAUCUGGUCACCAUCUUGAUAUGCCUUACGGCCUUGACCCAGUGUCAAAUACCGGAUAUCAAUGCCGUCGCUGCAGAUGCAUUCAAGCAAGUGGACACUGACGCGGAUGGUUACAUAGUGAGAGGGGAACUGAACCAUUACUUUGCCGUGAGUCUGUCCUCCUGAGUUGUUAAAAACGAGACCGUGUUCGAGGUUAACGUCUUUGAUUUAAAACAGGGGCGUCAUUUACUUUUUUUUACAGCAAAAAAAAAAAAAAAGGGGGGGGGGNGGGGCAAAACCAAAACUUGGUUGGCUUGUAAAGUUGGCUAUUACUGGAGGCUCCACAGUACAUAGCAAUUUAAAUAAAACCUGCAAAUUCAGGGGGGGGGGGAUGACCCAACCUGCCCUACCCAAAAUGACGUGCCUGAUUUAGAAACUCUAACCCUUCUCUAGGGAGGUGGUCAGAGUUGUUGUUUUUUUGUUGUUGGUGUUUUUGUUUUUUUUUUGUUUUUAAAGUAAACACAAAAACUUUUAUAUAAAACUAUUCUCUCAAAACGUUAGCUUCCCCGAGCCGAUGGUGAUGAGGUGAUGCGUGUUAAUAUGGGUGAUGUCUGCUAAUUACUUUGUCGAUGUCUCAAGCGUUUUGGACUACGUCUAACUUAAAUUACCUGUGCUCUUCGUACAACUGUAACUGACUAAGAAAUUAUUUUUUUAUAAUUGUUAUAUACAGACUGUAUUUAUUGGAUGUCUCAUUGAUAUUUUUAAUUACAUAGUGUUUUAUAUAUAAUACUGUAAGAGACUGAGCUAGUUGUAGAAAUGUAAAAGAUCGAGUUAGUUAUAGAACUGUAAGAGACAGGGUUAGGUAUAGAAAUGUAAGAGGCUGAGUAGCUAUAGAACUGUAAGAGACAGGGUUAGUUUUAGAACUUUAAGAGACGGAGAUAUUGAUAGAACUGUGAGAAAAUGAGUUAGUUUUAGAGCUGUGUAGGACUGACCCACUUUCUGCCACGUAUUCUCAGACAUAUGACUUGAAUCACGAUGGCCGAGUGUCCAGACAGGAAUACACCAAUCACAUCCUGGACAAUUACGGCCAUGACCCCCAACUGAGGCAUCUCCUGCAUUCCCUCUAUGACGGCCUGGACGUCAACAACGACCACCAUCUGGACAACGUAGAUUACAACCGGGCGUUCACUGUGGCUGACCACAACGGCGACAACCUGGUCACUCCAGCAGAGUUUACGAGGUAACGCCCCCCCCCGCUCCCCCCAAACCCCCAUCCACAUACACUAAUCUCGGCUUUUGCAUCACUUGCAUGACUCUCCGAAUAAUUCACUCAUGGUCGGAUAUUCUCUAACGCUAAACCACGUCAACGCGUGCAGAUUAUAUUUUAAGAGAUUAGCACCGUAAUCAUUAUGAUAUUUUUUGUAUUUUAAUCAUACAAAUUGACGAGACUUUAUUUUGUGUACACUUGGUGACAGUGAAUCGUUUUCUGAUUAAACAAAUCUCUUGCCUCAUUGCACGUUAAAUUAGAUCUAACAGACUUGCUGUAACAGUAAAACAGAUUGUCAAGUGGUAUUCAAAUUGUUUGUAAUAGUCACCCCAUACAAUGGGUAGACUACUUUUUUAUUUUUACAAACUUGUACGAGUUACAAUCCCUAACGAAUAUGACAAAUUAAUUAAAUAAUUUCGUUAAUCAAUGAUAUGAAAUAUCUUCACUAAUAUUGUUUAUUAUUUUUAUUUUUUUUAAAAACGUUUGUCUGAAGCUUAUUUAGGCUCGAACAUUUGAACGCACAACGUCAUUAGGACGCAAGACGUCAUUUGGACGCAAGACGUCAUUAGGACGCAAGACGUCAUUAGGACGCAAGACGUCAUUAGGACGCAAGACGCCAUUAGGACGCAAGACGUCAUUAGGACGCAAGACGUCAUUUGGACGCAAGACGUCAUUUGGAAGCAAGACGGCAUUAGUACGCAAGGCGUCAUGAGGACGCAAGACUCUUUGGGAAGCAAGACGUCAUUAGGACGCAAGACUCUUUGGGAAGCAAGACGUCAUUAGGACGCAAGACGUCUUUGGGACGCAAGACGUCAUUAGGGCACAAGGCUUUCCAUGAUUCCUUAUCCCGUGUUGACUUUCUCGAAGUCAAUGAGCGAUAAGCUCACAGUCAUAUGACUUCUCAAACUUGGUGUCUAUCUAACAUUACUUUUUACGUCAAAACUCAUUGAGUAGGUCACCAGUUACAAACAAAGUAAAUCCUUUUUUUUUCUUUUUUAAACAAAUCUUAUCUUCUUCAAAUCUGUCCAGGUGGUUCUCUGACGGCGUGCAAGCGGCUGCUGCAGGCCUGAAAUAGACAGGUGAAACAUCUUACCUUUGUGGGACAGAACAGCUCGUGUGUUGGUUUCGUUGCGGUCUGUCCUUAAAACUAAAAUGUGAUGAUACUUUAAAUCAACUUGUCAACAACAAAACAAAAAAAAAACGAUAUGGCCUGAUAAAUAAAUCAUUCGCGCCAAUGAUCUCUGCAAUUGUAUGCACCGAAAUUAUAAUAUAAUUUAUUGUGAUGACAGCAACACUGUUGUCCGCCUAAGAACCGC